ACUCAACCCUCCUUUCAUUUCCCGCGUUUAGCACGUCAUUAUAAUUGAUAACCACCUGUUGGUUGCUUAAACCCUUAAAAAACCUCGCGCAAGCAAACCAGAACCUCUUUUAUCACCACCACCAUGCAUGCAUGAAGAAGCUAAGAGCCCUAGCACAAACUCUCUCCUUCUCUCAAUUCGAAACCCUAAUCUCCCAAAAAGAUUAUCCUCAAGCUCUCAAAUCCUCACUCACUUUGUCAUCUCCUCUCCUCACCGACCAAACCUACUCUCUCUUCAUCAAAUCAGGUCACUUUCUUGACCCCUACGUAUCCACAGCUCUCAUUUCUCACUUCUCCAAACUUGACAACAACAACAACAACAACAACAACAAUCUCUCUCGCUCUCUUUCUUUCUUCUUAGACACACAAAACCCCGAUAUCAUCACUUACAAUGCAAUCAUUUCUGGGUUUGCAAGGGCUAAUGAUUCUAGAACUGUUUUGGGACUUUUCAAUGAAUUAAGGCAUGUGGGUUUGGUGCCUGAUGUGUUUACUUUGAGUUCUUUAAUUAAAGGAUGUGUGAGUUUGAGAGAGAAUUGGGUUUCUCAAGGGGUUUGUUUAAAACUUGGGUUUGGGUCUAAAAGCUUUGUGAUUAGUGGGUUGAUUGACAAUUAUUCAAAGAAUGGAGAUUUGGGGUCAGCUGAGAGGUGUUUUAAGGAGUGUUUAGAUUUGGAUAAUGUGGUCUGUACUGUUAUGGUUAAUGGGUAUGUGUGGAAUGAGGAGUUUGAGAAGGGAAAACAGGUUUUUGUUGAAAUGAGAGGGUUAGGUUUAGAGUUAAAUGCAUUUAGCUUAACUGGUGUGGUCGGGGCUUUGUUUGAUGUAAGAGAAGGGGAGCAAAUUCAUGGUUUUGGUGUAAAGAUGGGAUUUUUACGUGGUUCUUCAAUGCAUUUUAGCAAUGCUGUUAUGAGUAUGUACGCGAGGUGUGGAAAAGAGGUUGAUGCUAUUAAGGUGUUUGAUGAAAUUGCCGAACCAGAUGUUGUUUCUUGGACUCAGAGAAUAGGAACUGCUUCUGAUGGUCAUGAAGCUGUGGAAUUGUUUAGAAUUGUACUUUCCUUAGGUUUGGAUGUGAAUGAGUAUACUUUAAUUAAUGUUUUGUCAAUGAUUGGAGGAGUGACGUUUUUUAAUGCAGGGAAGCAGAUUCAAGCACUUUGUCAUAAGACAGGGUAUUUCCAGGUGGUCUCUGUCGGCAAUGCUUUGGUGUCCAUGUAUGGGAAGUGUGGGCAAAUCUGCGAUGCUUGUAGAGUUUUUUAUAACAUGAUUAUACGAGAUUCUGUUUCUUGGAAUUCUCUGAUCUCUGCAUGUUCUGAGAAUGGAUUUGUUAAUCAGGCUCUAGAGGUGUUCUAUCAGAUGCGUGAGUUGUCACUGCAGCCUACUAUACAUACUCUGGCUAGCAUUCUUGAAGCAGUGUCCAAUUCAAACAAUACAAAGCAGGUGAUACAAAUCCAUUCACUUCUUGUUAAAUGUGGAUUCAUGUUUGAUGUUUCUAUGAUUUCUUGCUUGAUAACAGCGUAUGGGAGAUGCAACAGUAUGGAUGAAUCCAAAAGGGUGUUUGCUGAGAUUGAUAAGGUAAACUUGGUUCAUCUGAAUACGAUGAUAACUACUUUUGUCCGUGCUGGCUAUUAUACUGAUGCUUUGGCAUUGUAUCAAACCAUAUGGAGCUCGCACCGUAAAGUGGACAGUAGAACUUUCAGCAUUAUCCUUAAAGCUUGUAGUGCUAUAACAGAUAUGCAACUGGGAAGAGCAGUUCAUUCCCUAGUAUUAAAAACUGGAUUUGAUCAGGAUAGCUUUGUUGAAAGUUCUGUCAUCGACAUUUAUUGCAAGUGCGGAAGCAUUGGACAAGCAGAGAAAGCAUUCAGGAGUUCAUCUAUGAGCAGUUUGGCUGCUUGGAAUGCCAUGAUGAUGGGAUACGCCCAUCAUGGUUGUUAUCAAGAAGUUUUUGAUCUCUUUAACAAGAUGUCUCAAUUUGGAAUAGAACCUGAUGAGAUAACUUAUCUUGGUGUUCUUAGUUCGUGCUGCCAUGGAGGGCUCAUGAAAGAAGCACGCCACUACUUAGACUCUAUGUUUGAACUUCAUGGAAUAAUCCCACACUUAGAACAUUAUGCCUGCAUGAUUGAUCUGCUUGGUCGAGUUGGGCUCCUGGAAGAUGCAAAGAAAACCAUAGAUCACAUGCCUAUUCAACCUGAUGUUCAUAUAUGGCAAAUUCUUCUAUCUGCCUGCAAUAUCCAUGGACAUGUUGAGCUGGGAAGAGUUGCAGCAAGAAAACUUCUUGAAAUUCAUCCUGAAAACGAAUCUGCUUAUAUUCUUCUAUCAAAUCUUUAUGCUUCUGUUGGUAUGUGGAAUGCUGUUGGAAGAUUAAGAAAAGAAAUGAAAGAAAAAAAUCUCCGCAAGGAACCUGGUUCUAGUUGGAUUCAAGUAGGUAGAAAAAGUCAUACCUUUUUUGUUAAUGAUACUUCACAUCCUCAAAGUAAAGAAAUAUACGCGGAGUUAAUAAGGCUGUAUAAACAAGUGAUAGUGUCCCUGGAACCGGAACAAGAUGGUGCUUUUCUAUGGAUCAAUGGACCUUGAGGCAUAGAAAAUUCUCUUGAUUUCCAUGAGAGGCAACAAAUACCCCUUGGUUUUUACAUUUCAUAAGUGAACUAUUAAAUACUUUUAUUCAAUAAGGAGUCCUCAAUUAUAGCUUCUACUGAAUAUUUGCACAUUCCAUUCUGUAUUUGAAAUGAGUAUUUAAUGAUUAAAUGCACUCAAACACUGAAAAUCCUCCCUAUCCUUCGUAUCAACUCUUCCAGAAUACAUUCAGUAAGUCGUCAUACUGAUCAAUGAAUGAGUGGUUCCAGUUGCUGUGAGGUGCAUGUUAAAGUUACAGCAUGGGAGAUAUAAUGAUGUUCUCAGUAUUAAUUAGAGCAAGGUGCAUUAUGCUGAUCAUCAAAAAUAAAAAUCGGGACAGGACAUUGAUAUUUGGCUCAGAUCCCUCCAUCCUGGUAUGAUGGUAUCGUGGAGGUUAGUUUACCAUGGUAAUGCUGAUAUUCCUGUUAUUUAAUGUAGAGGAUAAGAUUAAGUAGUUAGACACCUUGAAACGUUUUCUUGUAAUUGUUGACUCUUCUGCUUUGUUUUACCUGCGUACUAAUUCGAGUUGAUGUCUCUCCAUUGCGUCCUUGUUGAUGAACAAUUUAUUUCCUUAAAAAUUCAUUGAUUCUGAUCUUUUUCUAGAUAA